GCGGGGUGGGGCGUGGGGCGCCGUGCGCCGGAGCCUGUGGCGUCAAUGCGGCCGCCGUGUCCAUGGAGAGAGGGUGAAGUGGCCGAGCUUCGGCCCGAGGCACCGGGGCUCCGGGACGGCGAGGAUGUCGGCUUCUUUAGUCCGGGCCACUGUCCGGGCUGUGAGCAAGAGGAAGCUGCAGCCCACCCGGGCCGCCCUCACCCUGACACCUUCAGCAGUAAACAAGAUAAAACAGCUUCUUAAAGAUAAGCCCGAACACGUAGGUCUGAAAGUUGGUGUCCGAACCAGGGGUUGUAAUGGCCUUUCUUAUACUCUAGAAUAUACAAAGACAAAAGGAGAUUCUGAUGAAGAAGUUGUUCAAGAUGGAGUCAGAGUGUUCAUCGAAAAGAAAGCACAGCUAACACUUUUAGGAACAGAAAUGGACUAUGUUGAAGAUAAAUUAUCCAGUGAGUUUGUUUUCAAUAACCCAAACAUCAAAGGAACGUGUGGCUGUGGAGAAAGCUUUAAUAUUUGACUACUCUGGCUGUAAGCUCCAAGAACACUCAUGGAAGUCCUAGGGCUUACUGAAGAAAUCAUGUGACUGUCACGUGCUUAAAGUUUAUAAUGUAUGACUGCCUUACACGGAAAAUAAAAUGAUGCAUUUUGAAAGUGAA